GCUUCCCAUCACAGUCAGCCAUGGCCGUUAGAUACGGGUAAUUUUGUAUAUUUUUUAACGCUUGGCAGGUUUUAGAGGUAUAUAAAUCUGGUGGGUAUGAAGGCGACCAUCGACAUUGUGUACAGUUUAAAGCGUUCAGGAUGGCAGCGGCUCUGAUUCUGGCUGCACCAUCACUGUGAAGUAAUACUACAGACUCAUUGAGAGAAGUCAGCCGGUACACCAAAGUAACCCAAAAGCUGUCAAAAUGUCCAAAAGCAAGAGCUCCGAGUCAGUUAAGGUUGUGGUACGUUGUCGCCCCAUGAACGAGAGGGAGCGAGUCGCUAACUUCGAGAGGGUCGUCUCCGUAGAUGUGAAGUUGGGCCAGGUGUAUGUAUGCAACCCUAGAGGUGCUUCUUCGCAUGAACACCCAAAAGUGUUCACGUUUGAUUCUGUCUAUGAUUGGAACUCAAAGCAGAUGGAGCUCUAUGAUGAAACGUUCCGUCCUUUGGUGGACUCUGUACUGUUCGGCUUCAAUGGGACCAUCUUUGCAUAUGGCCAGACUGGCACUGGAAAGACUUACACGAUGGAAGGGGUCCGAAAUGACCCUGAGAGGAGGGGCGUCAUACCCAAUUCCUUCGAGCACAUUUUUACGCACAUUUCCCGCUCGCAGAACCAACAGUACUUGGUCAGGGCUUCUUACUUGGAGAUCUAUCAAGAGGAGAUCAAGGACCUUUUAUCGAAGGACCAGUCGCGCCGUCUGGAACUCAAAGAGAGACCUGAUACGGGUGUCUAUGUUAAAGACCUGUCUUCAUUUGUCACUAAAAGUGUUUGCGAGAUUGAACAUGUAAUGAAUGUGGGCAACCAGAACCGCUCUGUUGGUGCCACCAACAUGAACGAGCACAGCUCUCGCUCUCAUGCAAUCUUUGUUAUCACGAUUGAGUGCAGCGAGCUUGGCCCUGAUGGGGAGAACCACAUCCGGGUUGGGAAGCUAAACCUUGUUGACCUGGCGGGUAGCGAAAGGCAGACCAAGACUGGUGCACAGGGUGAGCGCUUGAAAGAGGCCACCAAAAUCAACCUUUCCUUGUCAGCUUUGGGCAACGUAAUUUCAGCACUGGUGGAUGGGAGAAGCACCCAUGUCCCAUACCGUGACUCCAAACUUACCAGACUUCUGCAGGACUCCCUGGGUGGGAAUGCCCGAACGGUCAUGGUGGCCAAUAUCGGACCAGCUUCCUACAAUUUAGAAGAGACUCUUACCACUCUACGUUACGCCAACCGAGCCAAAAAUAUCAAGAACAAGCCUCAUGUGAAUGAAGACCCUAAGGACGCACUGCUUCGGGAAUUUCAGGAAGAGAUUGCCCGGUUGAAAGAGCAGCUGGAGAAAAGAUCUGGCAAGAAGAAGAGAAAAAGGAGGAGGAGGGUUGGGGAAAGAGGAGAGGAGAUAGAGGAUGAGGAUGAUGAUGAAGAUGACGAAGAAGAUGGAAUAGAUGAGGAGAAGGGCAUUGCAGAUUAUUGGCAGGAGCAGCAAGAGCAUCUGGAGAAUGAGAGGAGUGCCAUCAUGGAGGACCACAGCUUGGUUGCAGAGGAAAAACAGCGGCUACUAAAAGAGAAGGAGAAGAAGAUGGACGAUCUCCGCAAAGAGAAGGAGGCAUCAGAGAUGCUGGCAGCCAAAGUCAAGGCCAUGGAAAGCAAGUUGCUGGUUGGAGGGAAGAACAUUGUCGACCACACCAAUGAGCAGCAGAAGAUUCUGGAGCUGAAGAGGCAAGAGAUAGCAGAACAGCAAAGGCGGGAAAGGGAGAUGCAGCAGGAGAUGGAGUGUCAUGAUGAGGAGACACUUGAGUUGAAGGAGACCUACAGCUCCCUGCAGCAGGAAGUGGACAUCAAGACCAAGAAACUGAAAAAGCUCUUUUCCAAGCUACAAUCUGUCAAGGCAGAGAUUCAAGAUGCACAGGAUGAACAUGUUAAAUACAGACAGGAGCUGGAGCAGACGCAAAACGAGCUGACCAGAGAACUCAAACUCAAACAUGUGAUCAUAGAGAACUUCAUUCCUGUGGAGGAGAAGAACAAGAUUGUGCCGAGGGCCACUUUUGAUGAGGAAGAUGACCUCUGGAAGAUGACGCCCAUCACCCGUAUUCAGAAUGAUCAGCAGAUGAUGAACAGGCCAGUUUCUGCAGUAGGGUACAGACGGCCUCUGAGUCAGCACGCCCGCAUGGCCAUAAUGAUGCGGCCUGAUGUAAGAUACAAGGCCGAGAAUAUCUUGCUGUUGGAAUUGGACCUGCCCACACGGACCACAAAAGACUAUGAGGGGCCAGUGAUAGCGCCUAAAGUAGCUGCUGCUCUGGAGGAUGCUCUGAGGGAGGAGGACGAGAUCCAGGUGGACGCCUCUGGCUUUCAUGCCAGCCUGGGCUCAAGUCCAGGUCUGGGCUUUAGUGCCUCAGCUACUGGGUUUUCCAAGAAACCAAAGUCAGGCCGUCCAAAAACAGGCAAGGCAGCGAGCACCCCCACCUCAGCUCAUAGCUCCUUUUCCAGCUCAAGUUUACCUCUGUAUCCUCAGUCCCGUGGCCUCGUGCCCAAGUGACACCGCCCCUCUGUGAAACCCUCAACCCCCCAUAUGGACUGACUGUAGGUGUCAGUGAUGCUAGGCUCAUGAACUGCAAAACAAAGAACUGUUGUUAAAGAAAUGACUGGUGUUAUUCAAAUCACUCGGCAUUAUGGAAGAUGGAACCAGGAAAAUGGUUCUAGCUCCUCCUGGUCUGUUAUUUGAAACUAACUGUUAGGCCCAAAGUCAAAGCUUGAACCCUAAUGCUUAUUGUAUUGUAAUACAGAUAAUGCAAAGCUAAACAAAUGGUGAAUGGAGACUUCCACAGCAUCAUAACUACCUUGUUGUCAUUUGACAUACCAUAUAUAGCACAAUGUUUUUUUUUAUUUUUUUUAUUUACCUUUGUCAAGCUUUAAUGUCUUAGAAAUAUACACACGGUCAGUCAUAAUUGACAAUGACUAAAAUGAAAUUCCAUGGGUUAUGCUUGCACUUGAGCAAAAUGUUAUUGUGCUGGUUGGGUCAUUGUAAAGGUUGAGAAAACAGAUGGUCUCAAUAUUAUGACCUUUUGUGUUAGAUAUGUCAUUGUGGCAGUGUUUUAGUGUGGGUGUCUGUGGAUGUUAGUUUGGUAUGUUGACACUUUCCAGAUGUAGGAAUAACAAAUUUGAACUUAUUUGCCAAUAGCUGGAGAUGGAAAUGCAUGCUGCUUUUGUCCACAGAAUCACUGUAUUGUUGCCAGACACAAAAGUAAGCAUGUUAUGUUAUUGGUCCUAUCCCUAAAAAAACCUCUAAGACUCUUUGACAGGUGUAGGGCUGGGGAAAAAGGGCCCAGAAAAUGGCUCAUGACCAGGCUGCUGUGUCAGUCAGUGCUGUAGCCAGUAAAUGCUGUUUUUUUUUUAUUUUAUUAGAAUUCCUAAGAUGGAAGUAAGAAUGGGUGGGUUAAUCACACACAAGAAUAUCAGGGUUCCAAGGUGCCUUAGAUUCUCAUUAAAUGCAGAAUAAUGGAGUUCUGCUGGCCUGAGAGUCCCUUGACCUGAUCGCUGGAUAUUAGAACUAUAAUCCAAAUCAAAAUUUUGCAGCGUGUAAAACAUUUUUGUACACCUUAUAAGUGCAGUCUGUUGUAUUUGGGAGGCUUGGGUAGUUAAUUUUUAGAUGUCGCACAUGCAAGGUUUUGUAAAUGAAAAUAUGCAUCGUUUGAGUCUUGAAAAGUUUUAUUACUUUAAAAGUAAUACAUGGAUUUCUUUCUCAAACCUUGACUACCCCUCUCUUAACAGACGUGAAGGUAACACCAUUGCCUGCUGCUACUGUAGGGUUUUAUAACCCCCUUGUGACAUAGCAUACAGUUUAUGUAUAUUAAGAUGUUAGUAAAUCAUUCUGUAUUAUCAUUGCAGUUGUAAUAAAAAGUAAUAAAUACAGUCUUGGUUUCAUUAAAAAGGCUAACUUAUUACCAUACUAGUCAAUUUUAUAUUUAAGCAAUUGUAGAUACAUUUUCUUUGCUUAGAUUUGUUUGAUUUAUUUUUUCAAUAUGUAUUAUUUAAAGUUCUGUACAAAUUUAUUUUUGCAAAUGAGAUUUACGUAUCAUUGUCACAAUUCAUUCAUUUCUUGUUUCUCCAGCAAUGUUGAUGCUGAUAGUACUGUAUUCUCUGUCCAUAGAAAUGGCUCUCUAACAAUGUAUAAUUGAAAUGUGUGAUUUCCAGCAUGAAUGUUUUAAUUAUUGAAAUAUACAUUAUCUAAAAAAAUGCAUGCUGUAUUGAUAUUGCAUAAAUCUUUAGUUGCCGUUACAUUAUUAAAUAUUGUUUGCCAUGACUUUAGAUUGAACACUCUUCAAAGCAUUAUAGGCUAGAAAUGAAAUUGUUUGUCUACAGUCUAAUAGUCCAGUACUGUCACAACUUCCAUGAGGUCAUAUCUGGGGAUGGAUUUGUGUGCAGUGCUUACAAGCAACAAGAAGUUAUUUAGAAUGUUCAAG